UUCUCUUUCUGUCACCCCGGCGAAUUUGCCGCCACUGCAAUCUCAGAAGGCAUGACUAUUGUUGUCGCGUGUUUUUUUUCCCCCUCAAGCAGCAACCUUUUUUUUAUAAAAGACAUUCAAGUCGAUCGUAAACCAUGAUGCAGGAUCCAAGCAUUCCAGUCAACAAAAAGGGGGUUCUGACAUCUUUCCUUACCGGUCAGCCCAUGCCGAUUCCGGAAAAAGAUAAUCUGGGCAAGUGCAGAUCUGUCUCUGAAUUUGAGAAGCUGAACCGCAUUGGUGAAGGGACCUAUGGCAUAGUUUAUAGAGCAAGGGAUACCCGAAAUGGAGAAGUUGUCGCGUUGAAGAAAAUGCGUAUGGAAAGAGAAAAGGAUGGACUUCCACUCAGCGCCAUACGUGAAAUUACUUUGCUGUUGAAUUGCCAACAUGAAAAUAUUGUGGCCAUCAAAGAAGUCGUGGUUGGCAGAAGUCUUGAAAGUGUUUUUCUAGUCAUGGAGUACUGCGAGCAGGAUUUGGCUUCGAUACUUGACAAUAUGCCAAACCCUUUCACUGAAGCUCAAGUGAAAUGCAUUGGUCUCCAAGUUUUCCAGGGACUUGCGUACCUUCACAAGCACUAUUACAUCCACCGUGAUCUGAAAGUUUCCAAUCUUUUAAUGACUGAUCGAGGAUGCGUCAAAAUUGCCGACUUUGGACUGGCACGUCGAUUCGGUGAACCAAUUAAACCGAUGACUCCUCGCGUCGUGACUUUGUGGUACCGAGCUCCAGAACUUUUACUCAAUUCUCCAACUCACACAACAGCCAUUGAUAUUUGGGCGGCUGGUUGCAUUCUCGGAGAAUUGCUGCUCCACAAGCCUCUGUUGCCCGGCCGAACUGAAGUUCAGCAGCUGGAUAUGAUUAUCGAACUCUUGGGGACUCCCCAUGCUGCUAUUUGGCCUGAAAUGGACCAACUGCCCGCUUUGCAGAAUUUCACCCUCAAGUCACAGCCGUACAACAAUCUCAAGAACAAAUUCCCGUACUUGAGUCCAGCUGGUCUCCGGUUGCUAAAUUUCCUUUUCAUGUACGAUCCAGCCAAACGAGCCACUGCUGAGGAGUGUCUCCAGAGCUCCUACUUCAGAGAACAACCCCUCCCAUGCGAUUCCAAGUUGAUGCCGUCAUUUCCGCAGCAUAGAAACAUGAAAUCAAGUCGAAGGGAAAUGAACCAGCAAGAUCAAAGGCAGCAAGAAAGUCAGUCGAACGACGGUCUCUCAGAUUUGCUCCAACUGCCGAAGCGUAAUCGUGUCGAUUAAAGUCAAAGAGGAAAGAAAACCUUAGACUUUCUCAUUGUUUUGUCUUUUUUAUUUUUUUUUACUUAACUACACGCAUUUUUCACGAUGCAUUACAAAAAUUCGCGAUCUG